AUGACCGAUCCAACUGGCACAGCUGGCACCGCCCUAGGCGCGACCAGUCUCUUUCUCCAAAUCUUCCAAGGCUGCGUCGAUGGCUUUUCCGUCUGGCAGAAGGGAGAAACCCUAGCUUCUGACGCUCUCAUCUUCAAAGCACGCCUCGAAAUGCAAGCCGCACGGUUCAAAGCCUGGGGUCUAGACUGGGGAUUUGACAGAGGACCUGAUGCUGCUUGUUGGAAGGAUGAUCGCUUCAUCGAGAAUGGUGAUCUCGCCGUCAAGUACGUCGUCAUCAUUUACGGCUUCUUGGACUCGCUUGGUGAACUAUCACAAGAAUUCCCGGCGUUGGCAUCUGCAGAGAAUUUCCCUGUUUCAGCGGCGACCUCGCUUGGGGCCAUGCUCCGAAUGGCGUUCAAGGACUCUCAGGAGCGGGAAGAGUGGACUAAGAAGCUUGAAGCGAUGCGCGAUGAGGCUAAAGUCUCAGAGAAGUUGCGAUGGGCUCUCAAAGAAGGGGAGAUCACAAAGACGCUCGAGCUUCUUGAGUCGAUGAUUGACGAUCUCUGCAAGUUCUUUAAACCUCCUGAAAAUGACCCUGUCGCUUUACAAGUUGCUAAUUCUCUGCUUUCGUCGCUUAACAUCUCUAAACUCAACGCAGUUGCUGCCGGUGCGCCAGAUGACUCGAUGCUGCGGAGUCUAGCUCUUCUCAAAGUCAUGGUGCUGCAGCUUCAACUCGGUGCCCGCAAUUCAGAGAAGGUGGAUGAGAAAGAUAGGUCUCUACGUGAAACGGGGCCGCUCGAUGAGCGAAUGAGGCGAUCAAUCGGGGUGUUUCGGAAGGGUACCAACUGCACUGAUGUCUUGGUGGAGUGGAAACUGAUCGAUGGUUCUCACAUCCCUCCCGGACACACUGCAGCGACGUACCGGGCGAUGGCUGGAAAUCGUAUUAAGAAUCUUGCACGUCUUCUGAAGUGGAGCUCAAGGCUUGAAGAUCUUAGAACAUUGGACUGCAUUGGCGUCAUCACGCGUGAUGGACCAUCCGACGAUGAAGUCCGAUACGGCAUCAUAUUCAGCAUGCCAACGAAGAAGUACACGACACUGAAGACUAUUCUCGAGGGGCCCCAGGACAACAUUUAUCUCGACGACUGGUUCAAAGUCGCGAAGAGCGUUACACGAGCGGUAUUGUGCUUGCACCUUACAGGCUGGCUGCACAAAGGACUUCGCAGCGAGAACAUUCUGUACUUCCAAGAUGACGCAGGUGAUCUUUCUUAUGAAGAGCCUUAUCUAGCCGGUUUCGAGUACAGCCGAGAGAUCUCAGCACCAGGACAAACAGAAGGUGUGACAGAUGAUCUGGAAGCAAAUCUGUAUCGACAUGAAGAAGUUCAAGGUGUACCAGAGGAGCCGUCCGAGGAUGACCAAGGACAAGCAGGCAAAACUCCUUUCGCAAUGAAGCACGAUAUCUAUAGCAUCGGCAUCCUGCUACUUGAGCUUGGCCUCCAAAAGCCAAUUAUCCAGCUGUAUGAAGAAGCCAUGAAGGCUGAGGAGUACGAGCAUUCCGCCGCUGCGUUUCGGGCAUGGAUACUGAGCGGGGUACUGUCGAAACUUGGACGAUCGAGAGGAAAGGAGUAUAUGAAGGCUGCCGAGUUGUGUCUGAAAUCAGAUUUUGAAGGUUCCUCGACGGAUGAGAUGCAACAAGCGUUCUAUAAGAGCGUUGUGAGACCUAUAAGUUCCUCUUGGGUGAAGUGA